GAUAAACGAGAUUUUGAGUAAUGCGCGAGAUAUGAAUGGCGCGCGCGAUCGUACCGUUAAUUUAAAUUAACGUUAGCUUUUUAGCUUCAAGUUCAGAAAGAGUUUGAGAUAGCCCAUGAAGAUGACAAUAAAUUUGUCCUGAGCAUCAACCACAUCCAAUGAGCAACCCGAAAUGGCUGCCAAGUCAGCGCAAAGUGGUACCCCUCACAACUCCUUGGUGAAAUCCCCGAGGAAGAAGGAAAAAGAGAUUUCAAAACAACUUGAAGAAGCCAUUAAAUUCUUUAAAGAUCCGGCAAGCGACACUAGAGUUCGGGCCAACAUCAAGCUGAGCAAUGCCCUAGAUGCCAUCACUAAAGAAGCUCAAAGGAACGGCUUGAGUGAGGGGAUCAUCCAAGAUCUUGUUGAUAUAGCAGCGUCAGGAAAGUUUGCUGACUCAACAAGUUCCCGUCUGAUCAAACACCUACUACCAUCGGAUAGCAUCCCUGAGGAUGCAGCCAUACAGAGCAUAUCAUGGAUGUGCACCAAUAAACCAUCUCAUGAAAUUCAGGCAUUGCUCCUGAAGUGGAUUAUAUUGACCUUUGACCUUUUAGAUGGAACAGAGAAGCUACAUGCCUUAUAUGGCAUGAUCUUUUACUUUAUUGAGAAUGAUACAUUGUGUCCGCAUGCCUGCCAUCUGUUGUAUCUAUUGACAAGAAAAGAGGAUGUGAUUGAUCAUCGAGUAAGGAAACUCCUUAGUGUACAAAGGAGAGUGGGUACCCAACCUCACAUAACAGGUCUUCUAUCAAUCUACAAGGUUUUCGCUCCUCAUCUGGUUUCACUGUCCCUGCCGUCAACCCAGAGGGUGUACUUCAGGUUGACGGAUCGCAACUGGACGUCGGAGGUUCGCAAGGCGAGAGAGAGGAUCCAAGAGAGGAGACCUGCCAAUACGAGCAUGCACAGGAAUACAGCACACAGAACUAUUACAGAUACAACAAUGGUGCGGAAGAGAAGGAAGCUGAACCCUGUACCCGACCUGCGCUCUGCUUACACGACCCUUGACCCCAGGGCAGAGGUCAUGACCAAAGUACCCCUGGAGCAGGUCAAGUCUUUUGAAGAAUUUCUAGACAACUUUGAUCAUCUUGAGCUCCCAAGCCAGGCUGCAGCUGUGUUAAGGUCGCCAGUCUUGCAAUAUCUUCUUACUUGUCGAAGAGAUCAAGCCACUACCCAAAGACUCAAUUUCUGGCUCUCUCAGAAGUUACAAACAGAACUAAUGGACUCUGGAGGUUGCAAUGAGAGAACAGAGCAGCUCCUCCAGCUCCUUAUCAAUUUCAUGGAUUUUAUUCAGGAGAGUGUCCCGGUUUGUGAACAGUUCUUGACAAGGUAUCUACUGACUUGGAAUGGUCAAGAUUACAGGCCUUACAUACUCAAGAUGAUCAGCAGAUUUAGGAUAUACCCUUUCCAUGUUAUCAAUGACCUGGUCCUUGAACCUCUCAGGACUCUAUUCUUCAGUUCUUCCGUCUACUUCAAAUGCCAGAUCCUUCACACCUUGACAGAACUGCUAAGGAAUUAUGUAACCCAUGAGAUAAGUCGCUACCAGGACACGGCACAGAGACAGAAGGUCCAAGAGACGGAGAAGGUCUUGUUGGACGAUGAAGUAGAUGCAACCUCUCUUCAUUCAAGUUCUUCUGUGUUCUCUGUUCGAGUGGCGUAUUUUGACCCAGUUAUCACAGUGAAGAAGCUGGUAGAGUUUGUUGAUGGACUCUGUUCGGUAGCUCUUCAGAUCCAUCAUCAUCAUUCUCUUCUAUUACAUCAUACACUAACCUUCUUUGAACUAGUGUCAUCUGUGUACACAAAGCACGGUGUCGUCUUUUCCCAGAUUCCAUCCAAGAUAAUCUUCUAUUGGGCCAUGUUUGGUAUUGACCCAACAGCAUGCUCCAGAAUAUGCCAAAUAAUCUGCGAUUACAAGACAGUAUAUACUGCAUUGCAUGCAGAUGAUGAUGUCCACCAGCAGUGGGGCGAGAUUAAGAAGGGCAUCAACGAACUGAACAGCAUCAUCCUAACGCUCUGUAACUGUUUAUGGAGGACCAAGGCCUUUGAAACCAACAUGGAUCAUGGCGUUACCAUGGAGACCAUAGAAGCCACUGGGUUACCCUACCCCAAUAAGAUAUUCUCCAUGCAAGGCAGCCUGGCCCUGGUUUGCUUCUGUAAGAAGUUCUUUGAGGAGACUCAACCAGAAGGUAAGAAAGUAGACCCGAAGAUGAUCAAGAGUGCUCACAAAUCAGUCUACAUGGAAUUCUUACAAAGGGAGAGGAUGGAUGGGAUUGUCAACUUCAUCCAGACGUUCAUCCGACGGACAGGAGGAAGUCAGACCACAAUCAGUAAUAUUGAUCAAUCCAGCAUGCAAGGUUAAUAAGAACUUAAGAAGAGUGGACAGUAUUGAGACGUUCAUCCGAUGGACGCGAUCAAUCUAGCAUGUAAAGUUUACAAAAACUUAAGAAGAAAUGACAGUAUCGAGACAUUCUUCCGACGGACUAGAGGAAGUCAGACCACAUUCGGUAAACUUGAUCAAUCUAGCAUGCAAGGUUGACAAAAACUUAAGAAGAGUGGACAGUAUCGAGACGUUCAUCCGAUGGACGCGAUCAAUCUAGCAUGUAAAGUUUACAAAAACUUAAGAAGAAAUGACAGUAUCGAGACAUUCUUCCGACGGACUAGAGGAAGUCAGACUAUGUUCAGUAAACUUGAUCAGUCUAGCAUGCAAGGUUAACAAGAACUUAAGAAGAGUGGACAGUAUUGAGACGUUCAUCCGAUGGACGCGAUCAAUCUAGCAUGUAAGGUUUACAAAAACUUAAGAAGGAAUGACAGUAUCGAGACAUUCUUCCGACGGACUAGAGGAAGUCAGACCACAAUCAGUAAUAUUGAUCAAUCUAGCAUGCAAGGUUAACAAGAACUUAAGAAGAGUGGACAGUAUCGAGACGUUCAGCCGAUGGACAGGAGAAAGUCAGACCACAUUCAGUAAACUUGAUCAGUCUAGCAUGCAAGGUUAAAAGAACUUAAGAAGAGUGGACGGUAUCGAGACAUUCAUCCGACGGACUAGAGGAAGUCAGACUAUGUUUAGUAAACUUGAUCAGUCUUGCAUGCAAGGUUAACAAGAACUUAAGAAGAGUGGACAGUAUCAAGACGUUCAUCCAACGUACAGGAGAAAGUCAGACCACAUUCAGUAAACUUGAUCAGUCUAGCAUGCAAGGUUAAAAGAACUUAAGAAGAGUGGACGGUAUCGAGACAUUCAUCCGACGGACUAGAGGAAGUUAGACCACAUUCAGUAAACUUGAUCAAUCUAGCAUGUAAGGUUAACAAGAACUAAGGGACAAUAGUCAAGAUCAAUGACUCCCUCCCAAGGAUUAGAGCUUUAUAGGAUUGAUUGAAAUGUUUGGUAAUCUUGAUCAAUCUUAGGUACAAGGUUAACACGAACUAAGGAAGAGCGGACUGAAUCAACUUUAUCCAGACGUUUACAUGACAAAUUGGAGGGACUCUGACCCUAUUAUAAGUUCUUGCAAUGCUCAGCUGAAUGGUUCACUUGUUAAGAACUAUACUACUUUAUAUCUGUUCUUGUCAUUCAACCUUUAUAAUUUGAGUCUUCUAUAUGAUUGUAUACCAAAUUAUGCUGGCCGGUGUAGUGAAUGACUUACAUGUAUUUGAUAACUGUACAGGAAUUGUACAGUAAAUCUAGGGAUGCGCUCUGAUAAUGCACGGGCAGUUGAUGCAGACCAAAAUACGCGUUUUUAAUGUAUUGCUAAAACACUAUCUAUUAUAAAUUGUAGGUGAUGUUAAUGCUGAUUUAGAGAAAAAGGGAUAUUGUAUUAUAGUUAGAAAGUUUAUUUCCUCAAUUCUGUAAUUAGUUGAACAUACCA